CUCCACCCGAACUCUCCAACCUUAUAUCAACAAAGUCCUCGAGUCUCGUUCGAGCGCGUGAUCAUAACGAUGUCGAAACAGAGCACCGUGGUAGAGCAAAAGCAAUUCUUCUUGCAAGCAAAGAAACAUCAUCUCUCGCGCGCGAUCAUACCUUCACAGCGACUCAAGACGAUUGCAGAAGAUGGGGGCAUUGAACUCAGUGUGGUCAAGAGCGCGCUAGACAAAGUUAAUCGCGACCUCAAACAGCACUCGCGCAAAGUGUACAGCCGACAGAUGAUAGACCAUAUCGUUCAACAAAUCGACGAACUGUACUGGGAGUCUGGCGCGCGAGACAUCGACGACGAGGGGGCAGAAGAAGCCCCAGAGGAAGACGGCAACACAUUGUACCAGAACGACAACCUCACCCUCGACGACAACAUCGCCAAGCUGCCCACACUCUGGGACACAUCCGCCGACCCCACAUCCUCCCGUGACAUCGACCCAGAUGACUACACCACCGCCCUCGCACGCCUGCAAGACCUCUCAGCGCAGCGUCUCUCCCUGCAAACCAAGCUCACCACGUACCGCACACUCCUCACGCUCCUCGAACCAUAUCGCAAGCCGAUGGAAAAUAUACAGCCGAACCUGGUGUGGAGGGAUGCGCCCCUUGCGCCAGAGCUCGCGAAGACGAGGACGUUGGCCAUACGUGUCGCGGGCAGAGUGGGCGAGAGGUUUGGGGAUGUGCAGGUUCCGGCUACGGCGGAUGAGGAGGGGGUUGUUGAUAUGCUGGCUUUGCAAGGGCAAAGUAAGAGGAAGCUUGAUGCGAUUCUGACGGGUUGGUAAGAUUGGCAUUCGUGGGCAGGUACGACUCAUGGCGGCACCUGCUAUGUAGCCGUUCUCUGCUUCUUGAAUCUCUACACGACGACACAGCAGGGGCAGCCGCGCAACGGCCGAGUGUACUUCCAGGCUUGUUCUGCUUUGACUUCACCACUAUCACCACGACCAUCGCUACCGUUAGGA